CCCUCGUCUAUUCUGCCAAUUUUAAUGGACUUUCAUCUAUUUUCCCAGGAGGACGUGGCAUAUGGGUUCGCCGAAGUGGUGGCUCUAAGGGGUCCCACAGGAAAGCAUGAGGGAGAGAACACCCUCUGCGGACGACACCCCUAAGAGGGCCCCACCGGCACCACCCAGAGAAGCUGCUUCCACAGACGUGGCUGGAAGCAAGACCAGCAGCGAAUCGGCCGAGGUGUUUCGCGCGUCGAGGUUCUCACCGUCGACGACGUCGACGCUGAGCACGAUCGCGACGACGACAACAGCGUCGUCCCCAUCGUGCGUCGACGCAAGAAUGGUCGCAUCCACGCAUAACCUAGACGAUCUCGGCGUGAGUCACCCGGCGAGCGCCAACGGCGAUCGUCAGCAGCAACAGGAGAAGCACGGGCACACGUACAGAUCCGCCCAGACCGCCCAGGACAAGCGGAGCCGGUUGAGCAACGUGAUAAACAAUCUGCGAAAAAAGGUACCGGACUCGAGGACCGGGGACUCCCCCAGAAAAGAGGAGGACGACAGGAAUAGCGUCGAGAGGAACCUGGAGACACUGGAGAAGUAUGUGAUGACGGUGCUGAACGGGGUGAUCAAGGACGAGGAGGAGGACGGCAAAGAGGUCGGGAAAAAGGAAUGUGAAAAAGGCACAGAGCCGGAGAAAUUGCCCGAGGACCAGGAGGACGAAGACUCGAAAGGUCCAGGCGCGAAAUUCGAGCCUUCGAAGCCAAACGAAAGCAGGACAGAGACUGCUGUCUUCCUUUUAGGGAAGCCCGAGAACGUGGAAAGUGGCGCCGCGGGCGAGGAGCCUUGCUUGGAGUAUAUGAAAUUGGGCGAGAAAGACGUGACCUCGCAGCAGAGUGAGGAUUCAAGCUGUUCGGAGGUGAGAAGUAGUCAGAAAAAAUUUCCCGACGAAGAGGUGAAACCCUGUCAAGCUGAAACCAAUGAUGAUAACGUGUCUAAGAGUGGCAAGUGUUCUUCCAAGGAAGUGGAGGACGUUGAGACAGCAAAGGAGAGCUUCGAUGAGGAGAAGAAGGAGAACCGUUCGUUAGGGACGAUCAUCAUGGAGAGGCUGAGCGAUCAUCAGUCGGAUGAGAAGAUAAGCAAUGAUUUCACCAAGGAGGAUCCUAAGGAAUUUGUGUCUGAGAACGUGGAGCUGAGGAACGUUUGCAGGGAUCUUUUAAAUGAUCUUCUGAACGGCAUCAAUCAGCUGAUCGAUGAGAACAGUCAAGAGAAAGAGGAGAUGACCCUGGAGAACUCUCAGGAGGACUCCAGGAAUACCAGGAACCAAGACCUCUCUAUGACAAGUCUUCAUUGUAGUUUACCCUUGGAUAAGGUGGCCUCGGUGCUUCAGAAUUGCCAGACAAAUGACUUGGCAGCUCCCCAGUCACCAUCAUCCCCUUCAUCCUCAUCCUCCUCCUCCUCCUCGUCACAGGGAGCCAAGUCUCCCAUCAAACCCCCAUCCCCCACAGUCAGGCAUCUGUGUCUCUAUUGCGACAGAAAGUUUCUCUCCAUAUCUCUGAGGCAAAGACACACCGAAAGGGUCCACCAGCAGGGUGGCGGCAGAAGAUCGGAAAGAAACUCGCGGAAACCUUCCCAGAACUGCCAGUACUGCUCGGACAAGUGCGCCGAGAGUCUAGAUGGACUGUUCCAGCACAUGGUGGGCAGCCACGGCGACAAGUACCAUGCUUGUGUUCAGUGUUCCACGAGGUACCCCACCAGGGAAGCUCUGGUCUGCCACAUGACCGAGAACCAUGGGGUGAACGUGGAGAGGAACCUUCAGGAAAAAAUGAAGGAAUCAUCCACGCCCAGCAAGGACCUAGUUAACCCAUGUGCCAGGGAGAAGCCAGAACCUCCAAGUCCCAAAGAAAGAAGGCCAGAUGAGCCUGACCACGAGCACAGAACAGAGCCUAUCCUAUUGAAGCCAGUGGUCUCGGGGAAGGAAACGUUCAGCAACCCAGGCAGUCCAGAAUUCGAUAGUUCCUUCUACAGCAGUGUCAGCUGCAACAUCAGGGAGAACCUACUUCACCAUCUGGACGGUAAACUUCAGAGCUCCACGUCCGCCCUAACCUCAACGGCCACGUCCAUAAUGGACUCGAAGCUUCAGCAGCAACCUCAACAACAACAGUCCUUCUACGAGCACAACGUCAGCCAGAUUCAGCUCCCCAUCGACAUCUCCUUAACCGCUGCCACCCCUGUCUACUCCAAGGAGUACACUAACGAGGAUUAUGAGAACUCCAGUGAAUACGCCCAGAAGCCCGGGAAAAGCAACUGGUCCCAUCCAAGACGGGUGUCCUUCGAGAAGUACAAUUUUCCCAGAAAGUACGACGGCAAGGAACAAUGGACGUGCUCCAUAAAAGACCUCAGCAAGUUCGACAUCUCCACCCAGCUGACCCUGAGGAAGAAGCAACAGUUGCUGAAGGAACGGAUCACUCUGAACAGGAUACAGCAGACUGCACUUCACAGCCCGUCAGAGACCACGAACAUCGACCAGACCGAGAUCCUUAGUUUAAGGAAGUUGGAGGACCUGGAGGAAUUAACAGGGGACAGGAAAGUCCCAGAAAUCGACCAGGUGUCGUCCCGUUGCGACGUUAAAUCGAAGGAGCACAAGAUGGACGUGCGGGAGGCGAAAACAUCCCACUUGCUCACCGAGUUCACCCCGGAAUUCGGCAAUUUCCUGAGACUCAGGAAGUGGGACGAGAAAACGACCAGCGAAGAGGCGAAGAAGCAGGAACGUGUCUACGCCGAGCUGACCGGGGAAUGGUCCAGACCACGGAUCUACAUCUGUGGCGCCUGCGCUGCCAAACACGUCACCUUGAGGGAGAUGGAGGACCACAAAGCUUCCACUCAUCCGAAUGUCUGGUGCUCGCACUUCGAGUUCUCCGGUGACCAAAGGGAGCUCUACAAGCACCUGUUCCUGCCAGGGAAGGACGAUCCCACUGCAAAGGCGAAAGCUGCCAUUUUAGUCGAGAAGGUCUGCACCAAGUGCUCCAGAAACUGUAAUACCUUACCAGAGCUGCACAGGCACAUGCUGGAAUGUGGCGGUGACCAGGCAUGGUUGCUGGGCCUGUUCGGUAAUGGAAAGAAGAAGUGCAAGUGGAGACCAUUCGGCAGUCGCAGCAGAAGGAGAAGGCAGCGAGGAAUGAAGAGGAACAUCCAGAACUCCCAGACACCUAGGAUGACCACCCCAAAGGAGAAGCAACCGACUGGCCCAAGAGUUAGACCCAGUGACCGUGAGAGUAUUCAGAAAAUGUUGGCAAACUUACCCCCCAAAAGGGCCACCAGAAAAGUGAUGCAGGACAGUGCACUGAGAACACAGGGUAGACUCCGCAAUGUACAAACCAGGUCGAGACCACGUAUGGUCGGCGAUAUUUCCACCGCGUCGCGAAUGUCCCGUAACAAAGCGGCCCUGAGGAACAAGCUGCUGAAGAACGCGAAGUCGAUACAGCGGAAUCGUUGCCGGAUCGACAACAUAUCAGCGGUUAUCGAGAGCGUGGUGAGAAACUACAACGUCGAGGAGAAGAGGACGUCCGUCGAGGUCGCGAAGGACGGUGUAGAAAGUGUGGACGUUGAAAAGGAUGCCAAAGAGACGAAGGAGGAGGACACGAAAGGGGAGACGAACACGGUUAUCAGGGGGAAAAUUUCGAGGGGACCGAGGAUUCUCGGGAAGAAGAGAAACAUUAAGAUAAAAGAAGGGAUCAAGGUUGUUAACCAGCCCAAGAAGCCCGGUGGCAUGAAAGGUAGGCCGAGAAGUGCACUGAAGAAUCCUUCAGAGGCGAAGGUAGAUGCGCCAAACGAGCCUGCAAAGACUCCAAAAAGCGUAAAAGUCGUGGGAAAAGUUACCGAGAAGGCGACAGAGGUGGAGGCUAAUUCUCCAGAAUCGAAAUCGCCCCAUCCACCGACCAAGAUUAAAGUAUCCACCCAGACCACCCCAAAGAAGAAGAGGCCAGUGGAUCCUGUGGCUUCUCUGAACGCCUCCAUCAAAGCCAAGUCGCAGCUCAGGAGCCAGGAUGGAAAGUUCGCUAGGAAUCCUAAUAAAAGUCCCCAGAAGUCACCGGAGGUUCGACCCCCGAGUCGCCAAGUGGUCAAGGGGAAGGGCAACAAGGCUAGUCCAGACACAUCGGUCACCAGAUCCAAGCUGAGGACAACGCCUAAAAGUAAAACCGGCGAUCAGUUGCCCAAGAGGAUCACCAGAUUGUCUUCAGACAGUGACAAGAUGCCAACACUGGAGCCUGCCGUCCAGAUUGCCUCCAACAACGAAGAGGAUGUCGAGGCCUCAGCCAACGAUCUACCGAUCCUGUCGCCAGCUAAUCCAUCGUCGAGUGCAGAGAAAGUGUUGCGUGGCAAGAGUAUGAACAGCAAGAACCUGGACGACAAGGAGAACCCUAAAAAAGGAGAUCAGGUUGAGACAGUGGCAGAAAAGAAGGAUUCGACCAGAGACCCACCUGAAGAUAAGGAUCUGAAGCAGACCAAAGUUAGGAGACAGAAGGUCGAUGCUAAGAAUUUAGAGAAGAGCCUGGAGAACGUUAGCAAGGAUGAAAGUCUGAAGGAAAAGGGGAAAGGAGUCGCGAAAGAGAAGUUCAAAAGGAAAAGUGCACCAGGCAGAAUUGUGGAAGAGAAGAAGGUAAGCGCAGCGAAGACCCCAGAGGAGACAACUCCAAAGAAGGACUCGAAGCAGAAAGCAUUGGAAACUCGAAGCAAUUCCAGAGCUAAAUUGGACAAAACUCUAGACACUGAGGAUGAAAUAAAAAUACAGAGUGUACCAUUCGAGGUGAAGAAACUAAUCGGAUCUGAUUGCAAGGAGGAUCUGCUAACCAAGUUGGUGUUGACGUCCAGGGCCACCAACUCUAAGCGUUGCCUGAGACAACCCGUGCCAAAAGCGAAAGGAGACCAAGGUAAGAGUAAAGUUCAAAAAGAUUUGGAGUUCGAAAAAUUCGCCCUUGACUCAGAAUUAAUUACAGAUAUGUCUGGGAAGAAGGAGAAGAUUGAUCGAAGAAAGUCCUUAAGGAAGACUGAAAAGAAGCUGGAAAAGGAUAAAAGGGCGCCCAAGAAUGAUCAGACAGAGUUAGAAGAAGUGAACAAACUUAAAAUCGCAGUGAAUGAAGUGAAAACAGCUAUUAGAGGGAGAAGGAGCAGUAGUCUGUCCAGUGAAAGUAAAUCGGUGUCGUCCUCAGAGUCUCAGACCAGAACAGAAAUUGAGGUGCCAGAAACUAGCGACAACGAGAACACGAGCGGUAAGAGGCAAACUAGAGGCUCGUUGUUAAAUGCCAAUGAAGAUCAAUUGGCCAAGGAAACCUCCGUGGAAUUAAACGACAUGUCCCUCAAGAAGAACACGUCCCUUGGAAAAAGGAGAGGUCGGAUUAAAUCCAACAACGACACCUCGGACAGAAAGAGCUUGGAGGUUUCUCAGGCAAGGAGCGACGAAACUGAUAAAAAUAGUUCCAUUGAAAUUAUCAGUAAAGACAGUGACAUAAAUACCGAUGACAAAGCAACGAUAGAAGAUGAUAAGCCUGCCAAGAAUGAUCAAGAGGAACCGGAUACUUUGGCCAAGGUCGAUCAACCAAAUGUUGAUCCUCAGGAACACGUUGAAGUAGAAAGUGUAAAUAUGAACGUGAAUCGUUUGCAGAUAGAGACUGGCAGCUCGAUGGACAGUGGCAAAGAGAACUCCCUGGAGACAGUGGUUGGUCCACAGAAACUGAAAGUUGGCAGACCAAGAAAGUCCUGGGGAUCUAAACGGGAGAGGGCAUCUAAGAGAUCAUUGAACAAUGUGAUCGGGAUCCUUACAGAGGGCAUGAAUAUUCCUGUGGAGUCUCAGCAGAGCGUGGUUCUGACUGUUCAGACCAGCCUGGACAAUGUGAAUCCCGAUGGAUCCCUGCAGACCAGUGGUCAACCGCCAGAAGAGGGCAGUUCCAAGUCCUUGUGCGCAGACAAAAGUGACAAAACCGAAAUUGCUAAUGAUCCUGGCAAACUGAACGAUGACCAAGGAUCCUGUGUUCCAAAUCCUGAAGAAAAGCAGCCAGUGCAGACACCAGUUGGUUCUGUGAAAGAAUUGAAUGGGGAGGUCUCGUUGGCCAAGACUCAGAAUGCUAAGUCUGCCCCUAAUGAGAUCAAAGAACCUACCAAUGACAUCAUUUUAGAUCUGUCCAGAAGGAAGCAAAAAGGAAAAGGGUCUUUCCUGGAGAAGAUCGUUUCGAAGAUAGCUAAACAGAAGGAUGCUUUGCUGGAGGGUGAAGUUGGUUCGCUGCUGGACACAGCGGCUGAUGAAUUGACCAGUAUUCUGGACGAAGUUGGCCCUGGCCUUUCGGAAGCAGUGGAGAAUCCAGGAGUCGGUAAGCCUGUAGCUGAGAAAAAGGUUCAUGGCAAGAGACAGGAAGAGGCAGAGACAAAUGUGACCGAUGAAAACUGUCAGGAGUCCUUAUCAACUUCUGCUGUGGGCUCCGAGGACACUAAAGCUAGUGAGAACAUGGACAUAGAAAUACUUAAUAAUCUGCACAGUGAUAAUCAAAAAGAAGCGAAAGAAGAAGACAAUAAUUCAAUGGAAAUACAGAGUGUCGAAACUGAAUCCUCGAGGAAACCAUUAGAUACAAGAUUUGAAACUGAAUCUUUGAACAGAGAAGACAAUAAUUCAAUGGAAAUCACGGAAACAGACGCUGAGGAUCUAAAAAUGAUUGUUCUGGGAGAAACUAACUCUGUACCGAAUGGAAUUACAUUACCUGAAAGUAUUUCGCAGUCUAUUGGGACAUGCACGCCAAAGCCAGAGGAGAAGUCACCGAGGAACGAUCAGGAGCCAGUGACAGAGGACACGAAGGUGAAAAGAAAAUCGAAGAAACGUUCACUGGAGGGAAAUUCACCAAAGAAGAACAAGAGAAAGUCUGUCGAACCAGCAGACGAACCUGAAGAGUGUGUAAUCUCUGAGGAGUUGCAUCUUGCUGAUAUCAUGAAGUUGAUUAACAGAACAAAGGAAGUGCCUUCUACCAAAGAAAACAUCGAGAACGAUCUCUUCGUUGGAAAAGUUCAGCUUGGCAAGAGGAAAACACUGAACGACGAAUCUGAAACGAGAGAUUUAUCAUUUGCUAAAGUAACUGUCGACCUGCAGAGGCUGGAAGAGUCCACUGAUCCGUCGAAGAAACUCAAAACAGAAGCUGCAGGAAAGACAGAGGAUGGAGGAAAUAAGGUGUCAAUUGGAAGGACUGAAGACCGAGUUAAUGAGGAGACUUUAAUGAACGUUGAACAAAAUGAGACCUCGUCGUUGCAAGUAAAAGGGAAAAGAAAAUCCUCUGGUGAAAAGGAACCUGAAAUAGAGUCUCCAGUUAGGCGAUCCUCUAAAAGGCGAUCACUCGUGGAGGAUAAACUGAAUCAGGAGGAUGAGCUGUUGUCCAAAGACGAAUCGGAGACGUCUGAUACAACAAGAAGAAGGUCUUCCAGGACAAAAUUUAGUAUUCAAUCAAAAAACGAAGGUGCAAUGUUUAAAGAACCUGAAGGUGACGUUACUGUUAACAAUGUUCUUGUAGAAAAUAUUGGGGAGUCAUUGACAGGCUUGCUGGCAAAGGGUGAACCUUUGGUGGAACCUACAUCGCCUGUCGCAAAACAAACAAAAGUUACUAAGGAAGAUUCUGGCAUGCAAGAUCCAGAGAGUGAAGGAACGGAGAAAGAAAACGGCAGUGAAAGUGUGCUGGAGACUGGUCUGAAAGAACCACAGAAUACACCCCCAAAAGUCCCCAAGAAACGGGGUCGCAAAAAGAAGUUGUUAAUUAGCGAAUCCACGGUAAUAAGCGGUGCUCUUGAAGAGAACAACGACUCUAAGAUGGAUGGACAUUUUAUAGAGCCACAGUCAGUUGCCGUGAAUCAGGUUCCUAGCAGAAAGUCUUUAAGAGUAAGUCGACCUGCUGAAGAACUUGAGGAUCAAUGCAAGAAUUCGGAUGCUCGUUCAGAUCAUUUCAAAAUUCCAGAAGUGACAGAGGUGCUGCAGCACACCAAGAAACGGACGUCCAAGAGAAAAUCGACAACCGACGAACAUUUGGACAAUCAGAGCAAUCUUUCUCUAGCUGAAUCCGAAAGUAACGCAGAUGGCUCAGAAGCGAAGGCUGUCAGUGAAAAAGGGAAUCAGCUUGAGAAUACAUCCCAGAAGGAUUUGCCUGAAGGUCGGAAACGUGCCUCUAAAUCCUCCAACAGUGGCCAGGUUGGGCUGGAGAGGUCCAGCUCCUCUGGAUCCAUUGAUCUAACUCAGACUAGCAGAACAAGGUCUUCGAAGAGGAAACAACUGUCUUCUGAGGAUCUGUCGGGCCAGGAGAUCCUGAAUCGACGUGCAGAGAGUACAGAUAACUUGUCUGAGAGCUCCUGCGUCAGUGAGUCCAGUUACUUCCGGAAGAAACGGUUCUCGAAGAAGAAGAAAGCCUCGAAAGAGCUUCCAGAUGACGUGCAAACAGAUACUUCGAUCACUGACUCUGAAUCUGCAGACACUGAGAGGAACAGUGACAGAAGGCAGAGUCUGAAGAGGCGAGCCAAGAAGAACAUAUCCUUCUUUGAAGACCAGUUCGACCUAGUCGACGACUUCGACAUUCCCAUGGACAUAGAGGACUGCCUACAGCAGCAGGAUAUUAUCAGCAACAUUCCACAGGAACUGGAGACAAAAUUAUCCACUGCGAAGGAUAAGGUUGAUGAUACUAUAACACCCAACGUCACUAUCAGUGACAAAAAUGAGGAAGAAGUAGCAGCGGAGAAAGAGGAAACAGUUGUGGAACCUGAAAAACCUGCAGAGUCUAAAGAACCUGAGAAGAGUAUUGAAGAGGAGGAGGAAGAGGAGGAAGAAGAGGAUGAAGAAGAAGAAGACGAAGAGACAAGUGAGACUGAAAAGAUAAACGUCAAAACAGAUGAUACUCCUCAAGUACAGGAGGACUUCCAAGCUCCCAAGAAACGUGCAGCAGGUAACUUUGUGGUAGUGCACAAGAAGACAGGCGAGAUUUUGAUAGUGGAAAAGAGAAAGAAACUGACGAAGGAGGCAGCCAGAUUCUUCUGCGACGUCUGUGCGACCAGCUUCACCAGAAAGAGCUCACUGAAGAAACAUAAUCUCUCUCAGUCGCAUCUGCUGCAAUUAGUCAACUCCAAAAAGGAUAAAGGAACCACUGAUAUCACCGAUGAGGACUGUAACACCACCUGGAAAAGUGAAAUGUCCAGUCAGAAUGAAACACUCAGCGAGGAUAGCAAGAAUUUUACUGAUGACUCAGCGAACAUCCCCCAGGACUGUAGGAAUGACCAGAAAGAGAGUAAUUCUUGUAGUCUUGACGGCUCAGAGGACUUGGAAGCUGUUUGCACAGCUUCAAUGGAGCAGGAAUUAUUAAUUGAUCCUCAAAUGAAGCAACGUACCCUGGAAGAUGAACUCCUGGAUGAGGAGAUCUGCAAGAUCACUGAAAACAUGAGCCACGAUGAGUAUGUCCUCACUGAACACACCAGUCCCAUUCCAGAAUGCGCCUCGACGCCUAUAAAAACAGAGACUAAGAAAUUAGAAGAACCAGAAAAGAAGAAGAAACACGAGAGAAAGAAGGACAAGGGGAAAAAGAAGAACCUGAUCGAUGAACCUUUGGAUACUUCUGAGCCUGAGAUACUUUCAGAAUCCCCAACUCUGAACAGUUUGGAUGCAAAGUCUCUGUGUUUGAACUCUUCAGAGACUUUAAAUGCUGAAAUUGAUUUGGAACAUACUGAAAGUAUACAUUUUCAUGCAGAGACUACAAGCAAUUUAGAAUCGAUCCAGAAAGAGGAAAGUUUUAAGAACAAAUGUCUGGAUGGUAGCAAUAUCUUCAUGUCAAACGACGAUCAGGACAUGGAAAUUGUAAAGGAAAAAGAACAAAAGCAGGAGACAAAUUAUUCUGACAACAAUGUAUAUGAUUUUGGACUUCCUCUUGAAAAGACUGAUAAUUCCUCAAAAAUUGUUCCGGAUGAUGAACAACCUACCUCAAAAAAUGAUCAACCACAAGAACGUCACAGCCUAAAAUUGACCAUAAGUAAACGCAACAAAGAAUAUUAUAAUCAAACAGAGAUUGAUAGCAACGAAUCCAAACCUUUUAAAGAGACUGAUAGUUUUUACAGUUCUGUGCAGAACAGGGAAAAAGAAUCUGUCGAAGAUUCAAAUGAUUUGAGACCUGUCACUGAUCAGCACGAUGCAGAAUCGAGUUUUAACGUAUCUAAAGACCUGAAGAAGGUAAAUAAAAGAAAUAUAGAAAGAGUUAAGGAUGUAAAUGAAGCGCAUCAGGUAGAUUGUGAUGAAAAUAAUAUUAAGGUGGAUGGCACUAUGUCAAACGAGCCAUUAGAUCAACAAACUCAACCAGACAGUGUCGUAGGAUUGCAAAGUGAGUCUAUGAAGAGUUCGAGGCACACUAAAGUCAAGAAAGGCAAGAGUAAGAAGCAUCUAGAAGAAGUAGAGAAUCCUUCGGAUCUUUCAACUGUUAAGAAAACAUCAAAGUCCAAAGAUAAUCAGAGCAGGCAGCUCCAAAAGGAAUUGGUGAAACUUCCAGAGACCAUAAUUGACCAAGAAUCCACAGAAUGUUCUGAAACUUUGGGACUGGAUACAUCUGAGAACGAGAAACAAGAAUUCUCAUUGUCGAACUUACAGCUGGAGAAUGAUCUGUCUGAAUUUAUGAAGGCAAGUAACGAAGAUGAAUGUAGAUCCAUUGGAGAAGUUUUUGAAAAUCCACAAUUUUGUCCUGACGUGGAAAUAGUACCAAAGAAAAAUUCAAAUUAUAAUGAAGGACGUAUAAUCCUCCAGUCUUUCCAUGAAGAAGAUGAAGCUUCCUCGUCUAGUCUCGAGGACAAACCUUUGUCGGAGAUUUUAUUGAUGGCUGAUGAGAAAUUGCAGGCAGAUAUUAAGCAAGAGAAAGGACGACAAUCUUCAAAUAUUCUGAAGAAUCUUGAGGAAUCAAAGCUUGAAGUCGAGUUAGAAAAUCAAGAUUGUACUGAAAAUGAUACCAGAAAUAUUCAUGAAAAUGAUCCAAUAUCUGAUGAGAAUGAAAUGGUUAAUAAUGAGCAAAUUGUGUCCCAAAUUCCAUCUGAAGAAGAAUCUGAAAUAUUGAAGCCAGCAGAAGACUCUGACAAAAAUACAAUUUCGUCGGAACACGAGAACGUUGAAGCAGUGCCAAAAGUAAAAGUUGAUAAAGAAGCAAAAACAGUUAGCAAUGGGCGCAAAUCAAACACCUCCGAGCGUCAGAAUUUAAAUAAGAAGGCGUCCAGGUCGCAGAGAUAUGGUAGCAAGGAUAGUCAUCGGAGAUCUAAGAACAAAAAGAUUUCCCUGAAAAGCAAGAUCGCUGAUCUGACCAGUGAGAGUGAUGAUAGCGACGCGGAAGACAAAAAGGAGUCUCAGAACAAGAGUAAAAUUGUGAAAAGUGUGUUCGGAAGGGUUUUUGGCUGUGAAAAGACUGAUAAAGUGAAAGAGGUCCUCAACGAUUGGGUCUCCAAAUCAGAGGAUGACUCUGAUAUGUCAAGACCUGGUAGCACGAAUGACCUGAAAACAUCAGAGACUAAACAGGAGGACAAGAAAAGACAUUCCAUUUCAUCAUCCGCACCUUUCAGUCCAAAGAAACGAACAAGCAAGAAACCUACCAAGAGCUCUUUCUCAGACAGAACCAAGGAUCAGAUCUCAGCGCCUGAAAUUCAGGAGGAGCAUCGCUCUGGUAAACACAACAAGUCAAAGAACUCGAACAACAGAAAGAAAUCAGAUCCAGAAGCGUCCAACUAUUACUUCUUGGUUCUGCCACCGACAAGCUGUAGGCCCAGCAAGAAACGAGCCGAGGAAAGAAUCUCUAGAGCCUUUGAGGACGAACUCUCUGAAUCCAACGCGACCAAGGAGCAAAAAGCUAAGCAGAAGGAAGCUAAUUAUGGCUUGAGAAACCAGAGCAAAGACUCGGGUGUCAAGGAUAAUGGACCCUACAACUAUCACGAUGACCCCUCGAAGCUGGAGACCCUGGAAGAACCCAUGGAGAAGAAUCCGAAACUAAAGAAACGUAAAUCAUCAGCCUCUAGAAAAAGCAAAAGCAAAAGCGAUGAAGAUAAUUGGGACGAUCCAGUGGAGAAGGAUACAGAGAAGAGUGUCAAGGAAUCUGGGGAUAAACAUGACUCUGUUAAAAAUCUUCCCCAAGAGAAUACAUUGACCGAACAACUGUCUGUUGAUCUGGAAUCCUCAAACAGUUGCAGCAGUGUGGCCCCAAGCAGCGUAAGGAACAGAUCACCCAGCUUGGACAGGAAUUCUCAAACAACUAGGAACUCUGAGAUCGAUGAAGAAGAAAAUGAGGAUAUGGGGCACAGGAGGAUAUCGCCUCUGUUUGUCUGUGGAACACCCAGAAGUUCCAUCGAGAGCAGUUCGAACAGUGAAAAUGAAGAAGAGGAUGAAAAUCUAGAUGCCAGUGAGACUGCAGCAAGGAAAAGGAGUUCCAGUGAAUUCUCUGGGGAGAAAAUCGUCAUCAGAUCACCCUCUUCCACUCAUAAAACCGAAAUGGUCACCAUUGCACCCACCGAUGCCAUCGAGGACAAUGCUUUGGAUGUUCCCCAAGAAAUAGAGGCUGCGAAACCCAGGCAAGGGAAAGUGUUGAAUUUCGAUGAGGAGUUGUUUGUUGAGUGCUGCUCCAGGUUGAAAGCCACCACAGAGAAUGAGCUCAGAGGUGCUAAGAAAAUCAAGCUGGAUCACAGCGAGGGCUAUCAUAGGAAGGAAGAUCAGCAACAAGGAUUCAGAGGACCCAGGGACCGGUGGAGGGAUGUUGAGAGCCAGAACAGCCUUGGAAGUCUCCUGGAAUCCGUGAAUCAGUUGCUUGGAGAGGAGAUGUACAGCACCAGAGAAAGGGAUUACCCGAAACGUGGUGGUAGAAACAUAAGGAGCGAGCACUCCAGCAGAUCAGCCAGCCCAGACAUAUCCAGAGCGGACAAUCUUGGCUACGAGGACAGUCUGGACGUAGCAUUCGAACACAACAACAUGCUCAGGGAUAAGAUUCAACAGCGUAUGAGGGAAAGUGAAAGCCUGAUAGCCAGCACAUUUGGCCAGAAGAGCAGCAACGAAGUUAUGGAUGGUGAACACCCAUCGAAGAAUAUGGAACAGAACAUCCUGAGAAAUUCUUAUGCUCGUAUGCCAGACGGGGGUCACUUGUCUGGACCAAAUCUAUCAAAUGGAGACUACAAUGAUGAUCUAAAUGUCAGAAACUUACAGGAACAACAUCCUGGAAAACUAAAUCUAGAGUCUUCAGGGUUCAAAAGCAAGAUGAAUUCCGCACUGGGUGGUCUGUUGGACAAAGCUUUAUCCAACUUGCUCCACAAUAAUGGAAAGCAUGAUCAUAAUGGAUCCACACCGAUGAAGGUUCUAGCAGAGCUGGCCUGUGCCCGAGCCCCAACAUCCACAACAGGAGACUUACCGUCCCAAGAGGACAUCCAAGUCCCAAUGAAAAUCUCUGCGAUAAACAAAGAGUGUACCCCUGAUGUAGGUCCACCAACCAUCGCCAAAGAUCUACAGAAAAAGGUUAGGAACCCCAUCAAGGAACUCUUUGAGAGGAAGAAGGAGAUGAACGAGAGGAAACAGCAACAGGAGAAAUCCAAGACAGAAGCUGCUCUUCGUGAGCUGAACGUGCACAGACAACGGAAGACCAAGAAGACCAAGAAACACCAGGACUUCCCUCUGAUACGUCGCAACGAGCACGGAGGACUGGUCGAAAGGAAGAAGCGUCGCGAUGGUUUCGAGAGAAAAGAAGAGUUUUCAUCGGACAGGAUAAAGGAUGUCUACGAGUUCGACGAGGAGGAGAGCCAAAUCGAGCCCAAUUUAGGCAGCGUGAUGUCCUACAGGAGUAGACCGGGCUACGAAGUGAAUUGCAUAAGGACCAAGGAAGUGGAUGUGGCUGGACUGAUGUCCAAAGCAAUCGGUGACACCCUGGAGAAUGGGAAAGCUAGCGAAGCGUUGAGCAGCAGGUUGGAGUCGAUGAUAGACAGGAAGUUCAAGGAGCUGGAGAAGUUCGCUCCGAAGACCAAAGGUGCACUGAAAGCUUUCCAAAGCGAAGAACGACAGGUCACUGGACCUAUGGAUGACUUUGUCGAGAGGAGGCAACAACAGAAGCCAAAACGACCUAUGGAACAGAGUCUCAAGCACUCGAAGCUGAAGAAGCGUAGCAAGAACCCUAAGAAAAAGCCUAGAAACGCCUGGUACGAGAACGACAGUUCGGACGAGUACAGGACUGCUGUAAAGGCCGAGGAUGUUGGUGUGGGGAUCUCGAAGAGCCAACGAACCUGCUCCAAAGGAAAACAGAAUAUAUUCGCGGAGCUGUAUACCUCGUCCGAGAGUGAAUUCGACGACGAGGACGUGGAUUACGAGACGAAGAGACAGAGGAGAGCUAAGAAGGUAACCAAAAAGGUGAUCGAGCUUGGGAAUGCUGAAGGAAAUCAGGAACUGGUCGAUAAGUACUGUUUGGAGAACGAAGAUCGUGAACACGAUUGGGGGGACCAGGAUUUAAAGGACGAUGAUAAUAACAAGAAUGACUGUGACAAUAAGAAGUCCGAGUCAGAGAUGUCCGAACAACCUCUGGUCAUCGAUGAGAGAAAGGAUUCGGACGAACAGAGGAACAGCGACGAGGAAACUGAGACUCAGUACGAGAGAAACUUUGAUCUGGAUGAUUUGUACAGGGAGGACAGUUCAGUGGCUGACUCAGAUAUUGAAGAACCAAUUGUUUCAGAAGCUCCGAAUCCUCUGGAGGAAUCCAAAGUCGAAAAUCCAAGUUUGUCUGAAGAAAAGACAGAUAAUAAUAUAGAUUACAUGCAGGAGGACGAGUUGAUUCCGCUGGAAGAGGCCUUGGACCUUUUGGAUCAGGCUGAUACUAAUUUAGAGGUGAACUAUGAUAAUUUCAGAAAAGAAGCCAGGUCUGCGGAACGAAUUGACAUAAUAGCACCCAUAGAACCUGUAAACGAAACACCAGAUCCAGUUCUAGAAGCAGAAGUCAAGCCUCUCAGCCCUGUGGAGGAACAGGAAGAGGAGCCUGACAAUGAUCUUCUGUCUCUGCCAGAGAAAUUGUCGACCAAUGAGAAGCCGCAAAAGGAGUCUGACAACCUUCCACUACAUGUGUUCCUCAGCAGAAAGGUGCAAGAAUCGAAAAAGAGGAAGGAACAGCAGUUAAAAAAGAUGCAAGAGGAACAGGAGAGGAUUCUGAUGGACUUCCAGCCAACCAGGAGGCAGAGAAAGUGCGCUAUUGGGAAGCAAGGACUGCUGGCAGAAAUAAGUAGCUCGGACGAAGAAAUCAGCCUGAGGGACAGCAGGAAAUCAAACGACAAAUCGGAUCACGAGAAGCCACGUAAACAGAAACGAGAAUCCAAGGAAAAACGAAAGGAAAGGUACAUAGAGAAGAAGCACGAACAAAUGAUAGCCAAGGAGCAAAAGGCUAUAGAAGAAGAAAUCCUUAGAGAGCUUGGGAAGAAGAAGGAAUCCCUUACUCAGUGUAUCGAUGCAAAAGCAGACUUCAACGACACAAAAGAGCCAGACGAUGCAGCAUCUGGCGAGGCAAAAAUUGUUCAGGAGCAAACGCAGAAGAAGAAACACCAAACAAAGGAGAAACAGAAGAAGCUGAACAAAUCAGAGGAGGAUGUCAGCAUUACGAAGAACAAUGAAGAACUGAAUGGCCUUGAGAGCAAUUGCAGCAAAUCGACUCGCCUAGAAGGUGAUCAGGAUAGUGAGACGAACCAGGAGUCUGCUAACAAGCUGAAAAAACAUUCAAAGUCACCAAUGAAACCUAAGAAGAAUUCGAAAGGAGACACUAAGGUAGCAGUGAGUAUUAAAAAGGGUAAGAGUUCGAUCGCUGACAAGUCCAAGAGCAAAACAGACGCUAAAGGAUCUAAGGAUAAGGAGCGUAGAUCCUCGAGUGGUCGACGAGACUCGGACGAUGAAGAACUGAAGACGACCAAGUCGUGGAACAAAGUCGAGGAGGGGGUCGGUGUGGCGAUUGGUAGACGGAAACGCGCCGCUGCCAAUCAGUUGUACUAUUGGUCCAGUUCCAGCGACGAAGAAGAGAUGCUGGAUGUGGUUCCUGCGGUCGAGGAAGAGGAGGACGACCGCCAGGAGCAGCAUGGUUGGAUCGUGGGUGAUUCCCAUAAGAGGAUGAUAACCAUGCUGGCUAUGGAGAAGCAAUUAAAAGAGAAACGAAGAAGAAGCGAGGAUGAAUUCGAGCCUGGCAAGACAAAGAGCAAAAAGCACCGGAAUAGCACCUCUUGAUACGUGUUUCAUGAUUAGGUUCGUUUUAAACAAUUCAGAAUACCAGAGAACGUUUGGUUAUUUUGUUUUUAAAAGGCAAAUACACCAGGAGGGCACAGUGAUCCUCCAAGCAGGAUGUGAUCGCUGGCAAUGAAAGGAAAUUUAGUACCUCAAAGGACCAGGAACUGAGGGAAUAUUUCGUAGUUUUCAUUCCUGAAAUCAUACGCCCCCAGGACUCUAUAGAUGAGACGAAUAGGUGGAGAGAGAGAGACACUUUUUGUAACAAGAUGUAGCAUAACUAGGUCUUUUUGAUACUAGUCCUUAGGUUGAGGACUAACCUAGCCUAGGUUAGGUUUGGUUAGGUUACGAGGGAAUUUUAAGUCCAUCGAGGUAGAUCGAAGUAUAUCAUUAAGUAACGAGACAGGAUCAGUAACUUUCCAAGCUGAGAGAGAAUUUU